UUAAGUGUUUGAAAUUGCCGCAUGUAGUUCCUCUUGGCACUAAAGAAAGUCCACACGUGUGUAGACCUCGGACAGCGGUCUCUCCAAAUCAACCAAGUUUAAAAUGGGAAAGAAAGGGAAAACAGGGCAGCAUCGGAAGGACAAAUUCUAUAAGUUAGCUAAGGAAACAGGCUACCGAGCUCGAUCCGCAUUCAAACUGAUCCAGCUGAACCGGAAAUACGGGUUCCUGCAGAGGUCCAAGGUGCUGGUGGACCUGUGUGCUGCUCCGGGAGGGUGGCUUCAGGUUGCUGCCAAGUACAUGCCAGUGUCCAGUCUUCUUGUGGGUAUAGAUUUGGUGCCUAUCAAGCCUAUCCCUAAUGUCAGCACCAUCCAGGCAGACAUCACCACAGACAAGUGUCGACAGGCCCUAAGAAAGGAGUUGGCCACCUGGCAGGCUGACUGUGUACUGCAUGAUGGAGCUCCAAACGUCGGCUCCAACUGGCUCAAGGAUGCAAGUGAACAGGCUCAGUUAGUGCUGGCCGCGCUGAGGUUAGCCACAGAAGUCCUGAGUAAAGGUGGCUGUUUUGUCACUAAGGUCUUCCGCUCUAAAGACUACCACGCCUUGCUGUGGGUCUUCCAGCAGCUCUUCAAGCUGGUCCAUGCUACCAAACCACAGGCCUCCAGACAUGAGUCUGCUGAGAUCUUUGUGGUGUGUGAGGGCUUCAUCGCUCCUGACAAGAUUGACCCCAGGUUCUUAGAUCCAAGGUUUGCCUUCAAAGAAGUAGAUGUUGGGCAGACUCCCCAGGUCAACCUUAAGAUGCUGGAACAGAAGAAAGCGAAGGCAGAGGGCUAUGCUGAUGGAGACCUCACUCUGUUUCACAAGGCCAACGUGUCAGAGUUCAUCACCAGUGACAGCUACAUGGACAUGUUAGCCUCCAAGAAUGAGCUGUUCUUUGAUGAUGAGAAGAUUGCCAACCAUCCACUGACUACCAGCGAAAUCAAACUGUGCUGCCAGGACAUUAAGCUGCUGGGCAGGAAGGAUAUCAGGUUGCUCCUGAGAUGGAGAAAGAAGAUGAAAGAGUGGAGAAAGAAGAUGAAAGAGAUGCUGCAGUCCUCGGCAGACACAGAUCAAAGCUCCCCCCAGGGUCCUGGUGCAGAAGAGGAGGAAGAUCUGAAGUUAGAGGAACAUUUGAGCCAGCUACAGCAAGAAGAGGCAGCACAACUCAAAAGGAAGAAGAAGGAAGUUCAGAAAGAACGUCGGAAGCUUCAGGAGCGAAUGGUGUUGAAAAUGGAUGUGUUGGAUGACAAACAUGACUUUCAAGAGGAGAGACCACUCUUCAACUUGCAGCGUAUUCAUAGAAAACAGGAGCUAGCAGGUGUACAGGGCGACGCCCACCUCACCACCGCCCUGGAUGAUAUCGGAUCCGAGUCGGAAAACGAGGAGGAGGCAGAACCUCUGAUCCAGCGGGAUCCGGAUCUGAACAGCGAGCCAGAUUCAGAUGACCUGGAGAUCGCCAAGGCAGAUGAAGUUGAGGAGGAGCUGGACCAGCCCGGUGCUUCAGCUGGGGAUGAUGACUAUGAUAUUGGCGAGGCAGAUGUUGAAUUGAGGAAUCCUCUGCUGGUUGACUUGGAGUCAGCUGACACAGACAGAAGGGUCCUGUUGAGAACAGACAGGUGGUUCAGUAAGGACAUUUUUGCUGGGGUGACAUCUGAUGAUGACGGUGAUAAUGAUGAUGAUGAUGAUGAUGAUUUGGAAGACAUGAGCCAGAAGGACACUGCCCACAAGGAUAAGAUGACUGAAGAGGGAGUCCAGAAGAAAUCAUCUGGAGUAGACAAACACAGCUCUGAGAGGGAGAUGGCGACUGGGUCUAACAAUGCAGACAUUUCUGGCACUGAUUCAGAAGACAGUGACUAUGAUGUGGAUGAGACCAUAGGAAAAGCCAGUCAGCCACCUGUCAACAAACCGAGACGAGAUGGCUUUGAGGUUGUUUCUGAUAAUGGUGCAGAAGGUAGGAAGAGGAAACUGGACCCGGAGGGACUUGCCUUGGGUGCACUGAUUUCUACAUCCAAGAAGAGGAAGAGAGACAUUGUUGACUGGGCGUUUAACAGAUAUACAUUUGAUGAUGAAGGCCUGCCUGACUGGUUUGUGAAGGAAGAAGUCAAACACAGUAAGAAGCAAGUUCCAGUCACCAAGGAUAUGGUGGCGGAGUACAGGGAAAAGUUGAAGGCCAUUAAUGCUCGACCAGUUAAGAAGGUAGCAGAGGCAAAGGCAAGGAAGAAGAGGAAGACACUGAAGCGACUGGAGAAAGCCAAGAAAAGAGCUGAGGCCAUCACUGAGAGUGGAGACAUGUCUGACAAGGAGAAAGUUCAGCAAAUCAAACAGUUGUAUAAGAAAGCUGGUGCACUUGGUAAGAAGAAGCCAGAGAAGACAUAUGUGGUUGCCAGGAAGUUUAACGCAGCCAAGAGACCGAAGAGACCAGCUGGGCUGAAGGGACCAUACAGAGUGGUCGACCCUCGUAUGAAGAAGGAUGCCAGAAAAAACAACCUGAAAUCUAAACAGUCUGGAAACAAGAGGGGCAGGAGAAAAUAAGAACACUCAAUAGAUAGAAUGUCCGUAACAACUUUGUUACAGUGAUAAAUUUAGAAGAUAAAGUUGACAUUCAUGCAUAAGGUUACUAAUCUAAGUAAAUCACACAUUGUUUGGUAAAUAGAUUUCAGCACCUUUGGCAAGAGCUUGAGUGAUUUUGACAGUUUAAUCUUGCAGUUGAGUUGUGCAUGUGACUGUUGUUCCCAAAGAUAAGCUACAACUGUAUCUCUUCUGUAUCCCAACUGUCCAACAAGUUGACUUGCCUGAUGAUGAAUGGCUGAGCAUUAAGAUAUGAUUUUUAGGCAUUUUACAGAUGGGACAGAUCAGGGUUGAAAUUAAAUUCUCUAUAAACCAGGUUGCUAAUUGCACAACCUACAUGUAAGUCCAUUGGCGUGAUUGCCCAAGGCAAAUGGAGAUCUUAAUUGACGCAACAAAGGUACAGCUCCUUUCAUAAGGUCUACAACAACUAUAGACAAACAAUUAUAUGAAUUUCCUACAUAAAUCUGUAUGAAUGAGUAUCAAUAUAUCAACACGUUGAUUCUAGAGUAUUAUUUACACUCGUCUGUUGGUUUUAUUUACCCAUUUGUACACUAUAUAAGGCUUAUCUCCUCCUACAUACAUGUAUAUGAUGUAGUUCAAUUUAUCCAGCGGACUGAACAUAUCAAAUUUUUUUGAGCAGGCGGAAAGAAAUGUGAACAGCUUUGAGCGUUUAUCAUAAUGAUUGUAUUGUUAACCAUACUAGUACAUAACAGUGACGUUCACCUUGAAUCUCAUAUGGCCAGAACCUCUGAUCACAGGGAUUCUUCUACAUUCAGUUUGUGGCUGCAGAUUGUUAUCUUAGUAAUUGCUCUCGUUCAAAAUCAUCCACUGUGACAUCAUGACAGGUACAUGUAUAGUCAUUGUUUAUUCUGAUUGCCUGGUGGCAAGAAUCAAGAGCUGGAAGUAUGGUUUUUUGAUGUUUCGUUGUUUGAUAACAUCAGAUGAGUUAUAGAGAAACUAAUUUCUACCUAAGGCCACAGCAAGUAAAUUUUAUGGAUGACAUCCUCUGCAGACUGCAAAAA